AUGGCACCCAUCGGGGGCAAAAGCACCAAGAGGGGUAUCCUAGAGCGGCUGAAUGCUGGUGAGGUUGUGAUUGGGGAUGGCGGAUUUGUCUUUGCGCUGGAGAAGAGGGGCUACGUGAAGGCAGGGCCCUGGACCCCAGAGGCCGCUGUGGAGCACCCAGAGGCAGUGCGUCAGCUGCACCGCGAGUUCCUGCGGGCGGGCUCCAACGUCAUGCAGACCUUCACCUUCUACGCCAGCGAGGACAAGCUGGAGAACAGGGGCAACUACGUGGCUGAGAAGCUCUCGGGGCAGAAGGUCAACGAGGCCGCCUGUGACAUCGCGCGGCAAGUGGCUGACGAGGGAGACGCACUGGUGGCUGGCGGCGUGAGCCAGACCCCGUCCUACCUCAGCUGCAAGAGCGAGGCGGAGGUGAAGAGCAUCUUCCGGCAGCAGCUGGAGGUCUUUGUGAAGAAGAACGUGGACUUCCUGAUUGCCGAGUAUUUUGAGCACGUCGAAGAGGCCGUGUGGGCUGUCGAGGUCUUGAAAACAUCUGGCAAGCCAGUGGCUGUGACCAUGUGCAUCGGGCCUGAGGGUGACCUGCAUGGCGUGCCGCCAGGCGAGUGUGCCGUGCGUCUGGUCAAAGCAGGGGCGUCCAUCGUGGGCGUGAACUGCCACUUCGACCCCUUGACGAGUCUGCAGGCGGUGAGGCUCAUGAAGGAGGGCCUGGCCGCUGCCCGCCUGCACGCACACCUGAUGAGCCAGCCCUUGGCCUACCACACGCCUGACUGUGGCAAGCAAGGCUUCAUCGACCUGCCCGAGUUUCCCUUCGCCCUGGAGCCCCGCGUGGCCACCCGCUGGGACAUUCAGAAGUAUGCCAGGGAGGCCUACAACCUGGGCGUCCGCUACAUCGGCGGCUGCUGCGGGUUCGAGCCCUACCACAUCAGGGCCAUCGCGGAGGAGCUGGCCCCGGAGAGGGGGUUCUUGCCCCCGGCGUCAGAGAAGCACGGCAGCUGGGGCAGCGGCCUGGACAUGCACACCAAACCCUGGAUCAGGGCCAGGGCCAGGCGGGAGUACUGGGAGAGCCUGCGGAUCGCCUCGGGCAGGCCCUACAGCCCCUCCCUGUCCAAGCCGGACGCCUGGGGAGUGACCAAGGGCGCGACGGAGCUCAUGCAGCAGCGGGAGGCCACGACGGAGCAGCAGCUGAGAGAGCUCUUCCAGAAGCAGAAGGUCAAGUCCGCGCAGUAG